UGCAUACGCGUUCUUGGUGUAUAUAUAUCUACAACAAUCGACACAGAAAUGCGAAGCGGAUCUUCUAUACAGAGAAGGAGAAAGCGAGCCUACGUUGAUUACCUCUCAUAUACAGACACCUGUGUUCGCACCUGAGCUACCUGCAGCUACGUAACUUUGCUCAGCAUCACCUUAUAUAUAUAGGCGUCGCCGCGAGACAUCCCGUUGUAUUCAAUCACAGGUGCAUAAUUACUCAGGUGUUCCGUAACGCGCCAGCGCUAUGCUACCAGCACACAGUGGUCGGGUGAGGUGGUCACUCGUGUUGUCGUUGGCGUUGGUUUGUACGGUCGCACGGCGGUGCGCCAGCGCUGUCAGCCUUGACCCGCCUGCAGAAAUGACGAGUCUGACGCAGCAUCUACACUCAAACUUCACAGCCGAGCUGCUACGCAUGAAGAGAGACGGUUUAGGGGUGAUCGCUAUGCAGAAUUAUUACGACUCACUGAAUUAUGAGGAAACAACUCUCGAUGGAGCCGUACUCAUUCAACAGCUUGCAGAUGCACUGGAGCAGAAGUAUCGAGAGAGACUCGAGGCUCUGGAGGGACUGCGUGCGUCUGUCGUGCAGUCGUACAGGGAGGAUGAGGCAGGGAGAAGCGCCUUCCAUAUCGUACCUGACUGCUGCAACCUGAACUCUGACCUGUACGAGGAGGACGUGCGAUUUAAGUCGAAGGUCAACACCCAGGCAAUGUGCAUGUCGCAGUCGGCGGUGGCGCCGGACCCGGGUCACAUGAAGCGACUUCAUGACACGGUGCUGGAUCGCAUGCGCGCAAACCUGCAGAAUGUUCCCUCACUGAAGUGGCAGUACUAUGGUGACGAGAAUGGGGUGAUCACGACCUUCCCCUCUGUGGCGAAGAAGGAUUGCCACAAGUAUGAUCCGAGAUUCAGGUACGUGUGGACAUCCUACCAGGAGUGUAUAAUUUACCUCAAUUAA